AAUGAGUGAUAUUAAAGAAAUAGAAGUGGAAAAGAAAUUCAUCGAAGAGUAUUUUAAAUAAAUCAGCACUUCUGAUAUAGAUACUAUUAAAAGGUAUCUCUUGUAUGUAAAAUAACGCAAGAGGGGUAAUGAAAAUGAGAAGGUUCCCAUUAGAACAUUUAUAAAUGUAAUUUCUGAGGGAAAAGGUAAGAAGGCCAUUCAUUUUGGUGCAUCUAGAGGAGACUUAGAUGUGUUUAAAUUUUUGGUCAAAAAAGGAGCAGAUGUUAAUUUGUUGGAUGAUGAAAAGAAUAAUCCAUUUAUGAUUGCUGUUCAACAUAAUCAUUUAUCUAUUGUACAAUAUUUAAUUGAUUUCCAUCAUGUUGAUGUGAAUUACACUAGAAAUACAAUUACAGCUCUUCAUUUAGCUGCUUAAUAAGGUGCUAUUCCAAUGAUUGAAUUAUUACUUUCAGCAGGAGCCAAUAUCAAUUCAUUGUCCAAUUUUGGAACUCCAGUUUCAUUUGCAGUGGCAUAUUAAUAAAAUUGGAGUGCUCUCCAUUUAAUAAAGAAAGGAGCAGACUUAAAUAUUGUUUAAAAUGGAAUGCCUUCUUUAUUACAUUUAUUAAUUGACUAAAAUAAUCAAGAAUUAUUUAAUACAAUAUUUGAAGAAUUUCCUGACAAAAUUGAUGUUAAUAUUAAAGACCCAGAUGGAUGGUCAGCUUUACAUUUAUGUGCAGAGAAAGGAUUAUUAAAAUUUUCAUAAACAUUGAUUAAAUAUGGUGCUGAUAUUAAUUAUGAAAAUUAAAAGUAAACUCCUUUAGACUUAGCAGUAUAAAAUGAAAAAUGGGAUUGUGUUGAAUAUUAUAGAGAAUUUGCUUUGAGAAAAGAACCUUAAAUUCCACCUUCUCUAGUGUAGUUGACAGAUGCAUAAGUUAAGGAUUUAUAUAAUGAAAUUAAUGUUGAAAAGGUGGAAGCUAAUAAAUUAUUAUAAGCUGAAAAAUAUGAAGAAGCAAUUAUUAAAUAUACUGAAAUAAUUGAGAAAUCAAAAUAGAUUGUUGAUUAAUAUAGAGAUGAAAUUGUGAAGAUUUACACUAAUUUAGCAAAUGCUUAAUUGAAAUUAUCAAAAUAUAAGGAUAUUUUAACAAUUUGUAAAUAGGCUAGAAAUGUUAAGAAAGAUUGGGUUAAGAUCUACUAUUAUGAAGGUUAGGCUUAUGAAGGAUUGAAUGAAUUUGGAGAGGCAGCAGCAUCCUAUUUUGAAGCAUUAAAGAUUUAAUAGGAGCCAGGAAUGAAAGCAUUAUUUGAUUAAGCUAUCAAGAGAGGCAAGGAAUUACAUAAAUAAAAAUGA